GGUACAAUUACACGCAUUCCGCGUUGGUUUACUUACGUAAACAAAGUUUUUUAACGUUAGGUGUAGGUUGACGGCCUGGGAGAUUCUUUUUACACCACACACGGCUGGAGAAUCCGGUGGAGGGGUUGGGGUUAGGGUAGGACUAGUGUUAGAGGUUUGGUUAGGGGUUGGGGUCCAGAUAUUGGAGUAGGGUUUGUAAAAGGAGAAAUGGCGAAACCAUCAAUGGGAAGCUACCCGGACGUUAGUAGUGUGCAGCAAAACCAUGAAACAAUAACUAAAAAAUGCAAGACAAAUGCACAGGGAUAUUUGAACAAAAGCUGUGGUGGCGGUACGCCUUUAUGACUUAGUCUCGCACGGUAAGUAUACGUUAUCUUUGAUGACCUUACAGAAUCAACGCCAGACAACUACUGUACAAGUGACAAGACGUGUAUCGCUAGAGCUCAUUUGUUUCGCAUUAUGGCUCAUUGGCAUAGGAGGUGGUCACAGUUAGAUGGUCCUCCCAGGGUGGCAUUUUUCAUUUACAUGAAAGGGCGGCAUUUUAGGCCUACUGCCAAGUUUUUUCUUGGAAAAGGGUGGGGGUGGCAAAAAUUCUUGCCCGCCGCGGUUGGCACUUACCAUAGAUACGCCACUGAUUUCAGUAGAUCGGAUUGGUACGAAAUAUUUAAAAUGUAAUGUAUUUUCCGGGCAAGUGUAAGAAUAGCUUCAUUGUACGGUAGCAAUAACUAAGUCUUACUCAAAUAAAAACUUAAGGGAAGGGGAAAAUGAAGAAAUUAUUGUCGGUAAGAAUGUACACCAUGUGUCUGGUAUUUAUUUAUACAAACAUUCUCACAGCACAUCUGCUUCGGGCGUGUCCGUAAGUGUGCUAGUGUGCUUAGGUAAACGUGGUUUAAGCCCAGACAGAAACCAUGACACAUUAAAACAUCAAAGAUGUGUUGGGUGAGGAAUGAGUGGUACAUGCAUUCAGGGUAAUGUAAAACGCCCAAAAGAAGGGUGGGGGGGGGUUGAAGGUGGCGCAGGUCUGGACGCCUGGAUCAAGAGGUGCCAAAAAAGUCGAGAUUCCUGAAUUUAAGAUAGAAUAAGUCUCUUUAAUGAUCCAAACAAUUGGAAAUAUUUAUUGAUUUAAUUGUACACACACACAUAUUGAUAUUAUUUUGGAAAAGGCUGGCAAGUCAGUCAUUGGCGUGGACACAUCUUAUCCCUAGCAGCCCUAGCACAGCCCUAGCACGGCCCUAGCACGGCCCUAGCACGGCCCUAGUACGGCCCUAGCACGGCCCUAACACGGCCCUAGCACAGCCCUAGCACAGCCCUAGUACGGCCCUAGCACGGCCCUAGCACGGCCCUAGCACGGCCCUAGUACGGCCCUAGCACGGCCCAAACACGGCCCUAGCACGGCCCUAGCACGGCCCUAGCACGGCCCUAGCACGGCCCUAGCACGGCCCUAGCACGACCCUAGCACAGCCCUAGCACAGCCCUAGCACGGCCCUAGCACAGCCCUAGCACAGCCCCGCAAGUUUUGACUCUGCACCGGAGCUACUAACAUCUUUUUGCCGGGGAGGGGUGGAUUAAAAAAGAGGGGUGGGGGACAGCCCAGAAAAAGAGUAGAAAUCAGAAAACUAAAAAUUUAAUUUUUACAAUAUUUUGAAGUGCCAUAGCAUAUUUCCCCAAAUUGUAGCAUACAUAUUUUGAAGUGCCUUAGUAUAUUUUCACUAACUGUAGCAUACAUUUAAAAUUCACUUAUAUCACAUGUUUCAGCGUAACAGUUAAAAUGGAUCCCCAUUUUUCACUUAAGGUAGUUGAAUUCCCCCUUCCCCCACCCCCCCCCCAAAAAAAAAAACUGCAUCAGAGUUCACGACCCUGUGUACUGUAAUGACUGUUGGUAUUCGCUAUUGGUAAAGUGCACGGAUUGAUUUCUUUUUGAGGCAACCUUGUCAUGAUCCCAGAUCGCUAACCCUCUGCGGUGAGACAUCCGGACUGUCAGUAGACAUUGCUAGCGCUCUUCACAUGUUGUUACUGUCAGUAGACACAGCUAGCGCUCUUCACACGUUGUUACUGUCAGUAGACACAGCUAGCGCUCUCCACAUGUUGUUACUGUCAGUAGACACAGCUGGUGCUCUACACAUGUUGUUAUUGUCAGUAGACACAGCUGGCGCUCUUCACAUGUUGUUACUGUCAGUAGACACAGCUAGCGCUCUUCACAUGUUGUUACUGUCAGUAGACACAGCUAGCGCUCUUCACAUGUUGUUACUGUCAGUAGACACAGCUGGCGCUCUUCACAUGUUGUUACUGUCAGUAGACACAGCUGCACUCUUCACAUUUUGUUACUGUCAGUAGACACAGCUAGCACUCUUCACACGUUGUUACUGUCAGUAGACACAGCUGGCGCUCUUCACAUGUUGUUACUGUCAGUAGACACAGCUAGCGCUCUUCACACGUUGUUACUGUCAGUAGACACAGCUAGCGCUCUUCACACGUUGUUACUGUCAGUAGACACAGCUGGCGCUCUUCACACGUUGUUACUGUCAGUAGACACAUCUGGCGCUCUUCACACGUUGUUACUGUCAGUAGACACAGCUGGCGCUCUUCACGUGUUGUUACUGUCAGUAGACACAGCUGGCGCUCUUCACGUGUUGUUACUGUCAGUAGACACAGCUGGCGCUCUUCACGUGUUGUUACUGUCAGUAGACACAGCUGGCGCUCUUCACACGUUGUUACUGUCAGUAGACACAGCUGGCGCUCUUCACACGUUGUUACUGUCAGUAGACACAGCUGGCGCUCUUCACACGUUGUUACUGUCAGUAGACACAGCUAGUGCUCUUCAGAUGUUGUUAAAACAGCAGCGUCAACCGCCGAACACCGCCACUGUGUUAAAGGGGCUAAGGGCCUCUUGACCCAAUUCAACUAUCACAUUAUAAGUGCUCCCUUUGAUUCGUGAACUUGUGAGAGCCUUUAAAAUUGUCUUAUUCGAAUGUAGUAAAGAUUAUAGUUCGUAUCGUGGGGAACGUUUGGUAAAUAAUGUUUAUCAUAAAAAAAAAAAAGUUAGUUCCCUGAUUGGGAAUUUAUUUUCCCCAUGAAGCCAUAACUUAAAAAGCAUCGAGUCUCUGGUUCCAAGCAACCUUUGUCUAAUAAAUCUCUGUCUCACAAAUCUUGGUCUAAUGAAUCUUUGUCUAAUAAAUCUCUGUCUCACAAAUCUUGGUCUAAUGAACCUUUCUCUAAUAAAUCUCUGUCUCACAAAUCUUGGUCUAAUGAAUCUUUGUUUGACAAAUCUUGGUGUUAUCUGUCUUGGUCUUAGAUUGGUAAUGAUACAGUGAAGACACCGUGCUACGAGGUACCAAAAUUAAAAGAGGAGGUGUACAAAGAACACUACCCUGCUCCGAAACAACAACUUGUUUUCUUGAGAUUUAUCCAUCCCUGUGGCGCUACACCCCAUGUUGGGCUUUGGCCUGCCUCACCACUUCCUUCCACUCAGACCUAACUAAUGCCUUUCUUUUCCAUGCUUGGAUUUUCAGCUGCUGUAGAUCUUUUUCCACAUCAUCCAUCCAUCUAAGCCUAGGUCUGCCUUUGAGCCUUUUUCCUCUGGGGUAUUGGUGAUGCACCCUCUUCGUUCCUCUGUCAUGUUGCAUUCUCUCUGAGUGUCCUGCCUAGCGUAGCCUGCCUCUUUUUAUUUCUGCUACUAUCGUGAGAUCCUGAUAUAGACUGUACAAUUCAUGGUUGGUUCGUAUUCUCCAUCCAUAUUCAUCCUUUGUGGGCCCAUAUAUUUUCCUGAGAACUUUCCCCUCCCAUGUUUUUAAUUGGUUUUCUGCUGUUUUUGUUAGGGUCCAUGUUUCAUUUGCAUAUGUUACAACUAGUCUGAUUACAGUUUUAUAAAUAGUUUUCUUUGUUUCUUGGGAGUUAGGUCUGAUCUUAAUGCUAAUUGCGGCACUUAUUUUGAAAAUUGCAUCAAAUAUAUCGUAACAACUAGACAACUAUUAUUUUUUUUUGUUCAACAGUUCUCUCCAAACAAGCAUUUUAGGGUCAAUUUGUUAAACAGUUCUCUCCAAACAAGCAUUUUAGGGUCAAUUUGUUAAACAGUUCUCUCCAAACAAGCAUUUUAGGGUCAAUUUGUUAAACAGUUCUCUCCAAACAAGCAUUUUAGGGUCAAUUUGUUAAACAGUUCUCUCCAAACAAGCAUUUUAGGGUCAAUUUGUUAAACAGUUCUCUCCAAACAAGCAUUUUAGGGUCAAUUUGUUAAACAGUUCUCUCCAAACAAGCAUUUUAGGGUCAAUUUGUUAAACAGUUCUCUCCAAACAAGCAUUUUAGGGUCAAUUUGUUAAACAGUUCUCUCCAAACAAGCAUUUUAGGGUCAAUUUGUUAAACAGUUCUCUCCAAACAAGCAUUUUAGGGUCAAUUUGUUAAACAGUUCUCUCCAAACAAGCAUUUUAGGGUCAAUUUUGCUGAAUUAAGAAAAUAACAGACAAAACGCUUUUUUUUUUUUUUUACAUUUGAAAAAAAAUGUAAUUUUAAUCAACAAAAUUUUGCAUGUGUAUCAAGAAAAUUGUAAACUUACUUUUUAUAAUAAUACACAUUGCAAGUGUAUUAAGACAUUUGUCUACUUACUUGCUCUAAUACACAUUGCUUUAAAAUUGGACAAAAUCAUCUUCGUACUGAUUUAUUUAAGAUGUGCAAAAUAUUUAUAUACUUAAGACAUUAUCGUAUUAGACUACAUAUAGAUUUUCAUUUCUAAAAUUUCCACGCCGGAUCUGUUGAGACAGCUGCACAUAGAUUGUAUUUUCAAAACUAAGACCAUCGGUGAACGCUCCUUCUACUUCCAUGGGCCCACGUUCUGGCACCAGCUCCCCUUCCAUAUCCGUCAUUGUGAAACCUUCUGUAAUAUAGGCCAAAACGUGUCAAAGUGUCCUCGUUUUAUAGCCAUUUAAAUUGUUUCUAUAGUAUAGUAGUUACUAUCCUAAUGUCUCAUUUUUAUUUUACUUAGUUUACAUGUUUUUAAUAAUAGUAAAGCGCUUAGAGCUUUAAGGUAAGCGCUAUAUAAAAAUGCCUAAAUAAAUAAAUAAAUAAAUACAUGUCUUGAGUUUGAACAAAAGAACAGGUCAAGUUUAUUUGGUGCCUUGUUUGCAAAUCAACAUAGGCGAUGGUCUCCGCAUAUUGUAUGCAAAACUUGUACGGAGCUAUUUCCCCAGUUGAACGUAUAUUGGGUCCAGACUUAUGGAAAAUACUGUACUUCAGCCUGGAACAAACAUUAUGUUCAUCAAAGGGGAUUGAAGGAUAUGCUGCCAUUUUUUGAAACCGACCAUCAUGACUUAUUAUUAUGCAAUGACAGAAACUUUCUGAAGCUCAUUUUUAUAUUUCAGAAUAAACGUCACACUAUUCAGUUCAGAAUAGACGUCACACUAUUCAGUUCAGAAUAGACGUCACACUAUUCAGUUCAGAAUAGACGUCACACUAUUCAGUUCAGAAUAGACGUCACACUAUUCAGUUCAGAAUAGACGUCACACUAUUCAGUUCAGAAUAAUAGACGUCACACUAUUCAGUUCAGAAUAGACGUCACCCUAUUCAGUUCAGAACAGACAGUUCAAGGCGGCGUAGUUUGAAACUUGUUCUUGUAAGGAAUUGCAACAAAUACGGUUCUUUCCCAAUCGCAAUCACAGGAUGGAAGCAGAAUACACGGGCGUCUCUUUAAUCUUUCUAAAGAUAAAUUAAUAAAGAAAAACCAAAACGUCGCUGGCAGUGACGUAGGGAGGUGAGGCGCGAAGGGGGUGGUACUUAUUUUCUCUACAUGGAGGGGGUGGCUUUUUCGAUCAACUGCAGAGAUGUCUUCGUCGAGGGGCGGCAGCAAAAUCUUGCCCCGACACGGGUGGCACUAACCCUAGCCACGCCACUGAUGCGUUGGGUGACAUUUGCGGACUUAAAAAUUAUUUCAUUAACCCUGGUUUACAUAGUGGCUACAAGGGUUUUCUUGAUGUUCGUCCUGGUUUACAUAGUGGCUACAAGGGUUUUCUUGAUGUUCGUCCUGGUUUACAUAGUGGCUACAAGGUUUUCUUGAUGUUCGUCCUGGUUUACAUAGUGGCUACAAGGGUUUUCUUGAUGUUCGUCCUGGUUUACAAAGUGGCUAUAAGGGUUUUCUUGAUGUUCGUCUGGUUUACAUAGUGGCUACAAAGGUUUUCUUGAUGUUCGUCCUGGUUUACAUAGUGGCUACAAGGGUUUUCUUGAUGUUCGUCCUGGUUUACAUAGUGGCUACAAGGGUUUUCUUGAUGUUCGUCCUGGUUUACAUAGUGGCUACAAGGGUUUUCUUGAUGUUCGUCCUGAUUUACAAAGUGGCUAUAAGGGUUUUCUUGAUGUUCGUCCUGGUUUAUAUAGUGGCUACAAGGGUUUUCUUGAUGUUCGUCCUGGUUUACAUAGUGGCUACAAGGGUUUUCUUGAUGUUCUUGUCUUUGGGAUAGUAGAGCCAAGAGAGCCUUAGCCCAAGCGGGAGAUAUGACCGGGUCGGGGGGAAAAUGUAAACAAUGGAGCUCGGGUCAAGAGAGGUAGAAUCAUUUAACUGCACAUAUAUUUAAUCUAAGACCAUCUGAUAAAAUAGUUUGUAAAUGAAUUGAUAACAACUUCCAUUGCACAUCGAAUAUGGAUUUAUCAUAAAGCCGGAAGCUGGAGAGAUCAGUAAACGUAUGAAUUGAAUGAAUGGAAUUGAAUCAUGUGACCGGUCUUCAUUUAUUCUUUGGAAAAAUCAACAACAACUUUAUUUCAAAUACUUAUAAAAACCUUAAGCAAGAGUGAAGUGAAAGAUUUCAUCUUGAAACUUGAAUGCAACGGCAUUCAGAAACAAAGAAAGAUACAUUGAACAAAUGAAGGAAAUUUUUGUUUUCGAUUUCUUAUGCGGCAUUGUCUUGGCAGAUCCUUCCGUAAGGAGUCUAACGAAAGGCGCUUCAUUUGUGUAGAAUGGUAAUACGAAGUCUCCAGUAAAUCUGUUCUCUUCUUCUUCUAUUUCUUAAGGGCCCACGAUCAAUGUAUUGAUCAUUUUGGUACAGAAUAAGGACAUUUUAAUGUAGACACACACAUUUGAUAAAUCUGUCCUGUAAUGCUCCAUUCUUUGAAAUGACAUUUGUUCAAGUUCUUACAAAACUAAAGCUCAUAGGGUGAAAAAAAAAGUAUUCUAUUUUUGAAUAAACGGGUCAAAUAAACCUAGAGACAAAUCCAACAUUUCAGACACCGAAUUAGUGUGUGCUGGGCACUGUAAUUGAUAAGUUUCCAAUUUAAAAGUUGCCAAGCCGUUUCUUUCUUUCUUUUAAAUUUUUAUUUUUAAGUUAUUAUUUUUUUUUAUGAUAACAAAUUCAUAUUAUCUUCUCUGACAAUCUAAAUUGUCCCAUUGAAGCUGAAAAUCUCACCGACUCUGACAUUGCUCAUUUUCAAUCUAACCCUAACCUUUGGUUGAAAGAAAUGAUCUAAACGUGUCACACAGUUAUGUUUUCCUCACUUUCCAGACUUCGCCUUCAUCGACAAACGCGAUGAGUCGCCUGCUGACUUCCCUCCUCGCGUGCCUCCUGACAGUGUUACCAGCGCUCGCGUACCCACCUGCCUGCUCGCUGAGCAGAUGCCAGUGCUCCGACAUCGGUGGGACCUACAGCUACGAACUCGCCUGCGACCUCGGCUCCAUCGUCUCGUACGACGCGACCUUCGCGUCACUCCCGCCCGACGUCGAGUCGCUGACGCUGAUGUGCGAGAGUAAGUCGCGACGCAGCAUGCUGUCUCCGAAAAUGCUCAGCAGGUUCGUCCGGCUGAAAUCGCUGUCCAUCGAGCUGUGCAACGUUACCAUCCUCACGCCCGACUCGUUCGCCGGGUUGGCUGACCUCGAGGCGAUCAGCAUCGUCGACACGGCCCUGCCGGAGUUGGAACUCAGCACGUUUGUGCACCUGCCGAAACUGGAACGUCUUACGGUGGUUGGCACCGGGAUAGGGGUCUUACCGGACAUAUCGCACAUGACGUCGCUGAGGUAUUUAAACAUCUCCAAGAAUAACAUCCACGCGAUCGGAGAUGGCACGGAUUCAAAGGACCAGUACAGCUUGCACCCGAAUUUAACGUUAAUUGAGCUUAGCCAUAAUAGGUUCCGGUCCUUGCCCUUGACGUUACUCAGGGGCGCACCGAGCGUUCAGCUGCUGUACAUGAAAGGCUUACUCGCCCUUGCUCAGUUUCGGUUUCCCGAUGACGUGGAGCUAAGAGAUUUGAUUGAAUUGGACGCCAGAGAAAAUAAAUUUGAAGUUGUUGAAAUUCCACGGUAAAAGCAUUAUUUUGUUGAAGUCAGCUCUUCAUUCAAUAAUAUCUUACUGCAUCCACCUUCCUUUCUGUCAUUUCUCCCCCUUCCAUCCUUUUUGCCUUUCCUUCUUCACAUUCUUUCUAGCUUUUCAUUCUCUCCAUUAUUUUUGGCUUUUCUCCCCAUUCAUUUUUUUUAAAUUUGAUUUCCAACAUUUCAUCUUCUUCUUUGCCCCUUUUCUCCCGUAAUUUCUCUUUCCUUCUUAUUCACUCUCUCUCUCCGCCCCUCCAACAUCCUUCCCUCAAUCCGUCACUCCAUCCAUCACUCCCUCACCCUUCCGUCUCUCACUCUUCUCUAUCCCUUCCAUCACUUACUCCUUCCCUUUCCUUCCUUCUAUAUUCCUUCCUUCAUACCGUUUCUCUCUCUCUUUCUUUCUUCCAUUUUUUUUCUUUCUUUCUCGUUCUUUCUUUCUUUUUUUAAAAAUCUAUCACUCUUUUUCCAUAUCUUUCUCUCUAUCUCUCUUUCCUUCUCUAUAUUUCUCUUUCUAUCACUCUUUCUCUCUCACCUCUCUCGUUCUCUCUCCCUUUCUUCACACUCUCGCUCUUUCUCUUUUUUUACAUUUUUGAAUUUUACACUUACCCAUAAUUGUAAACAGUUUUCACAUUUUUCUUAUCUUUGAUGUAUUGAUAUUUAUCAAUGUUAUUUUACAGACUGAAUUUAGCCAUCCAUCUUGAAAAACUCCAUUUAUGUGGUGCAGGAAACGAGGUACAAUUGACGGGGUUGUCUUCCCUUGCCAAUCUGGAAGAGUUGUCCCUUGUCCACUUUGGAAUCACCGACACGAUAUGGACACAGCUAAACUCUUCCCGGCUUGUUAGGUUAGACCUGUCCGGCAACAAUCUGACAUCAGUCGACGUCUCACUGCUGCCCGCACUCAAAAUCCUAAGAGUCGGAGAAAAUCAGAUUUCCACGCUUGACAGCAACACCUUCGUGCACCAGCCCGAGCUGCUCCUCGUCAACAUCACCCGCAACCGUCUUAAAACUCUGCCCGGGGAUCUAUUCGCCAGCAAUGCCAAGCUCGUCGUCCUGGAUCUUAGCCACAACGAACUACACCAUCUCGGUCCGAUGAUCUUCAACGGGCUCACCGGCCUGGUUCUCCUGGACCUGAGCCACAACAACAUUCAAAGCUUAAACGAUACGUUCUCCUCAGACCUCAGGUCUGUGCAUACCUUACGCCUGCAACGAAAUAAACUCUCGCUGCUGCCGGACAUGUCUCGCCUGUCUAACCUGAACACGUUGGACGUCAGCUACAACCAACUGAUAUCGCUGACCGAAGUUGAGCUGAAAGGUCUCGGGGAGUUGCAGCUUCUCGACGCCAACGACAACAACCUGACGUUCGUCGUCCCGGACCUUGUCACCGCGUGCUGUCCAAAUCUGUUGCAGCUCUUGCUGCACAACAACCGAAUUAAUAACGUCGGCACGUUUGGUCACCACCCACGACUCAUGUUUGUUCGGCUGGACAACAAUUCGAUGACCGACUUUGAAACCGUUUCCCCGUUCGCGGAGAUGCGCGAUCUGCGUUACCUGUUCCUUCACCGAAAUAGGUUCACGUCGAUCCGAACGAACUGGUUCCCUCCGUCUCUUCAGAUUUUGACGAUGGGGGAAAACGACAUACGUCAGGCCUAUUCGACGAGCUUCAAAAAUCUCCCGAAUCUGAUUUCCGUGGACCUGGUGGGCAGCAGGUACGCGCUGUUACUUCCGAUGCACGCGAUAAACUCCUUCAGAGACAACAAGCCGAAACCGGUGUUCGAGCUCGCGUUCAACACAUUUCAAUGCAGCUGUGAAAUGGCCUACAUGAAAGUCAUCGAAGAAGACGGCUACAGCAUAGACGUCUUUAACAGAUAUUAUCCACAGAUAAGGGGCCUCGACACAGCCCACUGCGUCACACCUUACGAAGGAAACUCGGUGCGUCCUUUCCAUGACGUGCCUUUGUCUCACUUCGCUUGUGAGUACAGGGAGAUGCACUGUGACGUCCUCUGCGAUUGCUGCUCGUCGAACGAGUCGUGUCCCUGCGCUUUGACUUGCCCGUCGGAAUGCAAGUGUUUCACCGCUGGCACGGGCUUCAAGAAGGUUUACUUCCACAUCCACUGCGGGUAUCUCAAUUUGAGUCAUGUUCCGUUGAAUAUUCCCUCUAGAUCAACCGGUCUUUAUCUAGACGGUAACGUCCUCACCCGAAUAAGUCCCACCGACAUCGGCCACCUUUAUAAAGUGGAAGUGAUAUACCUCAACGGAAGUAGAAUUCAGACGAUAGACGACGGAGCUUUUGCGAAUACAUCAGCUCUCGUUACGUUAAGACUCGAAGACAAUUUAUUCACCAGCUUAUCAGACGCGAGUUUCGGAAAGUUGACUCGGCUACGAGAGCUCUACCUCCACAACAAUUUGAUUUCGAGCAUAUCGCCAGCCGCGUUCGUCGGGAUGACCGCCGUCGAAACCAUCACCCUCCACGACAACCGGCUGGUCGUGCUGGACGCCGUGUGCAGAACGCCCUCUCUUCUGGCCUUGACGCUCUCCGGCAAUCCGUGGGCGUGUCCGUGCAACAACAGCCAUGACGUCCUCAGGCUGGUCCACGAGCUCAAUGACGUCAUCUUGGACAGGCCGAAAAUGUGCUGUUUUGUUGGCGUUGGCACGGAAACAUACGAAGGCGCGCUGGACGGGGCUGAAAACAUGCACGACUUAAUUCGUCCGACGGGAGCAACGGGCGGAUCUAACGAAGACGUGACUGUAGCGGGCCGCAACAGCUGCCACCACGUGUUAAGCUUUGACUUUGAGAGUCUGUGCGUCCUGAGGGUGGGGAACGUGUCGGGUGGAGAACACGUGACCAACGCCGAGUCAACGACACUGCUCGUCGCUCUCGUGGUCGCCAUCCUCGUCUUGUUGAUGCUGGUCACUCUCGCGAUUCUCGUCAUGGUCCGAGGCCGCGAGCUCCAGGCCUGGCUGUUUGUGAACAUAGGUGUUCGAGUCUACGACAAGAAGGUUAGUGAACAUAUCCCUUUAUAUCAUUUUGUUCAUUAGGAAUAAUUUCAUAUCCUUUCAGGGAUAAAUUUUGUUCAAAGAGCAUAAAAUAGUGAUUUUUGUUCUAAUCUCUUUCAGUUUUAUGGAUUUUGAUUAAACAAAAUAACAUAAAUAAAAAAAACAAAUUACAUACAUUUUUGUUUUUAAAAAAAAGAUUUAUUUUUAAUAUAGAUAGCAGUUUAUUAAAAUAUGUAUGUUCAUGUUGAUUGUAGUUUUUAAAAAGAUGUUUUGAUCAUGUAGAUUGUAGUUUAUUUAAUGCUUCAUAAACAACACUUGAGAUGGUAUCUUUCGAUGAACAAAGCUAUACUUAUUAUUGAUCUUUAGUUGUUGUUUUCUCAUAGAAUCAAUGACAUGAGAGUUAUAACGCAAGGUAUAAAAAUUAUUACACCAAUAAAAUAAUGACAACGAGUUUAAUAGAUAUUAAAAUUGUACGAUACGUUCCAUAUAUCCCUUGUUAUUGACCUGUGUCCAGGUUGAAUUUUAUACGAAAACCAAAAUAGUAUUUAGCCUUUGUUGUAAAAAAAAAAAAACCCAACAUACACUCGUUGUCUUCCCACAGGCCCAUAUAGACAAACAGGAUGCUGGUACCAAAUCAUUUGAUGCCUUCAUUUCUUACAGUAGCAAAGAUAGCGAGUUUGUGGCACAAGCCCUAGUUCCAGAAUUGGACAAGAAAGGGUAACUAACUCCGCUUGCAUUUGUGUUUUUUUUUUUUUUCCAUUUGUUAUCGUACUCUUCCGAUCGCGGAUUACCAGUAAUUAAAUUUUAAAAAACAACAAAACAAUGAAGGAUCAGCCGGCUGGAAAACUGUGACUUUCUGAAGAAGGUGCUUUAUGUACUGUUCCUAGGAAUUCCCGUUGCUUUUAGAAUCAGUUAGUUCAAAGCUACUAGAGUUUUGGAUGUCCAUAUUGGAAAUAGCAGUAAAGUUCUAUGAUCCAAUUUCACUUAUCCCAGUUUCUUUUCAAAAUCUAUGCUAAAGCUCCGUUUUUUUUUUCUUCCAUAAAUCCUUAAGCCUUAUUAUUUGGAUACGGCUCUUUUAACGAUUGGCUGAACUUUCAACUGUUGGUUGAACUUUCAACUGUUGGUUGAACGUUCAAGUAUUGGUUGAACUUUCAACUAUUGGUUGAACUUUCAACUGUUGGUUGAACUUUCAAGUGUUGGUUGAACUUUCAACUGUUGGUUGAACUUUCAAGUGUUGGUUGAACUUUCAACUAUUGGUUGAACUUUCAACUGUUGGUUCAAAUUUCAACUAUUGGUUGAACUUUCAACUAUUGGUUGAACUUUCAACUAUUGGUUGAACUUUCAACUGUUGGUUGAACUUUCAACUAUUGGUUGAACUUUCAAUGUUAAAAGAAAUACUGCUCAUGGGGCCUCCACCAUUUACGUGUAUGUCUACAAUUUUCUAAAAAAUUCAAUUGAUUCCAUGAAUGAAUAGGUAUCGGACAUGUGUUCAUUAUCGGGACUUCCCGGUGGGCCGCAACAUCACAGACACCAUUUUCAAGGCUAUAGAAGAGAGCAGCAGAACGGUUUUGGUGCUGUCACGGAACUUCCUCGAGAGUGAAUGGUGCCGCUUUGAGUUCCAGGUAUGGGAAAGAAAAUAGUAUGUGCUUAGGGUCCAAAUGCAAAAACUGCUAAGUAACAUCCGAUUGGUCAUGAGAAAAAGUGUUGUAAUUAAAGUUAUAUAGCUAAUAUAUCAUUUAUAUUUGUAUGUUGACAUUUAGAUUCGAAGUGAAGAUUUUUAUUCAUUAAAUUAUAAAAUACUGUAGAUUAACUCGUAACAAACCAACCAAAAUAGUAAUUUCAUUUUUUUUUAAAGUUACUUUGCAGGUUUUGCAAUUGGACUCCUAUAUUAUAGAAGUAUUCAAUAUAAAAUAUAUAUUUCCAUUACUGUCGAUGGGCUCUGCGAAUCUUUCGGGGGACCUCAGAUAUUUAAUGACCCAAAGUUGUGAGGUGGUAAAAAUUGUUUCAAAUUUUAAUGCAGAAGCAUAAAACUAAACAAAAUGGCAUAGGACCUCCAAAAGUCAAGCGAUGGCUCUGCCUCGUUAUGAAAACAUAACGCUAGAAAAACCUGAACAGAAAAAAAAAACUGCAUAAAUGUAUUUAAAUGUGAACACAAGUUGACAAUACAGUACAACUUAAAUUUUGAUCCCUAAGAUUUCACAGAAAUCCUCGGUAUCAUAUUUUAAUUUCUCCAUUGUUUUCUCAGACCGCUCACCAUCACAUACUCUGCGAAGGUUCUCACAGACUUAUUGUGGUAUUACUUGGAAACAUCCCCGAUGAUAUGCUGGACCCAGACUUAAAGGUGAGUAGAACCGACGAGGGGUGCAAAUACUGACUUGUAAUUCGUCCCCUGUGCCAAUCAAACCACACUUUUAAAGAUAUUUUAUGGUCCUUGUUAAAAAAAAAAAAAAAGAAUGAAAUGAAAUGAAACUUUUAAAAAAUUAAAAAAAUCAUUCACUGAAAAUUCAUAUAAUUAAUUUUAUUAUCAUCAACGCAUAUCGCAAGUUUACUUUUAUUUUAGACGAGGGGUGCAAAUACUGACUUGUAAUUCGUCCCCUGUGCCAAACAAACCACACUUUUAAAGAUAUUUUAUGGUCCUUGUUAAAAAAAAAAAAAAAAGAAUGAAAUGAAAUGAAACUUUUAAAAAAUUAAAAAAAUCAUUCACUGAAAAUUCAUAUAAUUAAUUUUAUUAUCAUCAACGCAUAUCGCAAGUUUACUUUUAUUUUAAGGUAUGUUUGGAAAAGUUAAGAUUUUAAAGAAUGAUAUUCUAUCGUUUAGCAUCAGUCUUAUUUUCAUAUCUCUGCUAUGACCUCAUGUAUAACAUAUUACGCAGACAAAUUCACCGCCUCAACCUAUUAUCGUCUGACUGAAAUUGAAAUAUAAUUUAAAUAAAAGUAUAAUUAUGAUUUUCUUAACAGCCUUUAAGAUCCACUAUGGAUUUUUCUUGCAGGUCCACCUAAAGUCGAAGACCUAUCUGAAAUUCGGAGAUCCGUGGUUCUGGGAGAAGCUUUAUUUUUCCCUCCCCGACAUCAAGGGGAGAGAGGUGGAAGAGAAAGAACAAGACGUUUUGAGAGGCAUGAAAAUACUCUCGGGAGAAAUCGCCGUGGGUCAAGGUCAUGAAAAGAAUAAUGCCACCAUAGAGUGAAGAGUGUCAAUAAAAGAAACGAAUGAACUAUAAAAAACAUCCCCCUUUCCCCAAAGCGAGACAUUGUAGGAGUGAGUUGUUGGUGGUGGUUGUGGUGGGUGGGACAAUGCAAAAUGUAAUUAAACUGUUUUGGUUUUUGCCCGUAUCUCUGGGCUUCUGGGUUUGAGAUUAGCAUAUGCACUGGUAAGUGGAGAGCGAUGCAUUGGACAACUAAAUUUUAAAAAAUAGAGAACAGAGAAGAGGAGAAAAGAAAAAACAACGGGAGAUUACCCAAGGGGCGUAAAUGCCUAUUCUCAUGGUUCAAUUUUGUUUCAGCGGUUAUUUUCCUUGAAAAUUUCUAAACACACCCGAAAUGUGAACUUGUUGGCCUUCAUCAUAAACACCGUUAAACACUGACAACAUGAGAUUCUUACAGAUGUCAAUUUAUUUUAAUAGUUCUUAAGACAAUUCAAACCAAGAACUAAGAGCCUGUUUGUUGUUCCUCACAAUUGCAGGCAGCUUUCAUUUCAAUGGACGCGAACUUCAGAAUGAGGUUACUAUUCAUAGGACCGAAAUACAUAGAGGAAGAUUGGGGGAUUAUUAGAAUAAUAUGAAUAUAUACAUACAAAUACAUCAAAACAUUUUUCACCUUGAUAUAUUUGAACAUUUGGAUUGAAAAUGAUUAUUUAACCCAUACACAAUUAGAUAUAAUUUUUUUUAUUGUGACCAUGGCCAAGAAAGACAUUCUGUCAUUUCGCACGCCAAAGAGUUCUGCAUGUCUGUGACCAGCUGGUAUUUGCAUUAAAAGAACAUAGCAGUGAACCAGGGAGUGUGCCCUUCAAAUUGAAAAAUUAUUUGCAGUCUUUGAGAAGACGAAAUCGUCUGGCUGUCCAUGACGUCUGCCUGGCUGUGCGGUCAAUGUGUCGACACACGAAGCAACACCGAGGCCAACGAUGCAACGCACAAACCAGACACCUCUGACAGAUUUGGCUUGUCUACCUCUGAUGGUGGCUCAAUUAAGAGACAACCAAAUUUCCUCUCCGUAAACAUAUUAGUCCCGCUGGCGGUACGACGUUAUACCCAAUGGCAUUUCAUGCGAUGCCCCUGGUAAAUCAAUGUAUCGUCCAUCUGAUGUUUCACUGGGGGGCCCGCCGACUGGGAAUCGAAACCUCUUAGUCUUUCCUAGUACAUUAGGGUGACCGAAUCAUGAACUGGACUAAACGGGACAUACCCAAGGAGGGUGGGGGGGUACCCUCGAGCUAAAGAGGGGUCUGAGGUCCUCCGCCGGGAACUGUUUAUUGAAAUAUGCUUAUUUUAAUUAUUUUGAGACCUAGAAAUCUUUUUAAAUUUACCUUCACUUUUGUAAUUUAUUUAAACUCUGAGGCAUAUCAUAAACGAAAACAAUAAUUUUGCAGUGAAUACUGAUUUAUUUAUGCAUAUUUUACAAGAUAAUACAACACAACCAAUUAAAUUUCUCUAGAUUUAAUGCCUCUGAAACACAUGGUACAAUAGUUGACUGAAAUUUAUUUAACAAUACAUUUAAAAAAAAAAAAUCACAUAAAUGAAAUAAACAGUUUUUUAAAAAAUAUAAUAAUUUAUAUUAAUUUCUAAUUAUAAUGCAAAAUAUCAAUACACACAUGGGCGCCCGCAGGGGGGAGGCAAGGGGGCACUUGCCCCCCCCCCCCUCCCCCUGGAUUGAUUGGAUAAACAAUUUUUAGACAAAAAUUUAUUAAAGUAAAAUAAAGAGAAAGUAACUAAGCUGAUGUCCUGUCCGUUCGUUCACCAUACAAAUAUGCUACAGUAAAUUAAAACUAUAUUAAAACAUUACUAAAAAUUUGAGAAGAUGUGUUAUUCAUUUAUGUGUGGUUUUAAAAAGUAGAACCAUUCGUUAUACAUAAAAGAAUUAAAACAAUUAAUUUUCUCUUUGUUAUUUAAAAAGAAAUUAUUUUGCUUUAUUUUCACUUUUAUUUUAUCACAUUUAAUGUUUGCGUUUUUCGAAAUAUGUAUAAAAGAUCUUCCGUUAUGAUUUCCAAAGGUUUUGCCUGAUUUUCAGAAUUAUUCCCCAGAUCCCAACGAGGGUCAUUAAUUUCCAAGAUCUUGGAAAAUGUCCAUGUCCUUGAAGUUUUCCGCAAGUUUUUGAAUAUAUUUAUUUAUUUGGCAUAGUGAAGCUAUUUUUAUAGAAGAAUAUUAAUAUUUAAGAAAAUCAUUAAUAUUCAACUGGGGUCGUCCAUUAAUUACGUCAACAAUUUUUAAGCAAUUUUUAUCCCCACCCUCCCCCUUGUAAACAACUGUCAAACUUUCAAUGACCCCCUCCCUAUUUAAUUUUAAUUAUGUCAACAUUUUCUAACCCCCCCCCCUACACACACAAAAGGCA